CGGCUCCCGGGCCAGCGGGGGCCCUGAAGGGUGGCCGUGACGCGGGGCCUCCCCUGGCGCAGUAGCCGAGCGCUGGGAGGGUUGCGAGGGAAGUGCGGCUCCCACCGAGCCAGUGGUAACAACAUAAACAACUUGCGCGAAGAAGUUUGAACAACAACGCGGAGCGGUUUGGUACAGCGCUAUGGGUAAUGCACAGGCGGAAGAUGAAGUAACACUCUUCGAAAGAGAUAUGAAAGAGUUUUGGAUCCAGUUUAAAAUCAGUUAUGGCACUGAACAGAACAAUCAGACUUCAGCGCUGAGAGAUUUGUGCAAGGAGACUAUAGAAGCUCUUUCAGAGAAAUGGUCCAAGAAGCUGAAAGAAGAGGACCUGAUGAUUGACAAAAUUCAGGAGUAUAACAAUGAGAUUCUCCAGCAGAGCAAAUACAUAGCAGAAAAGGAAGAGCAGUUGACAGAAAUACAGUCAAAGCUAAAUCAAGAAGAAGAACAGCAGAAGAACUUGACUGAUGGCAUCCAAGAGCUUAAAGAAGAAUUGAUGAAGAAAAUGGAAAUAAAAUCUUCUAAAAAUAAAGCUGCUGAGGAGAAAGCAGAACAAGUGAGAAAGAUUACAACAUUGUUUAAAGAACAUCUUGGAUUGGAGAUGCGUAGAAUUCACAACGAGCAACUACAGUUUAUAUUCAGACACAUUGACCACAAAGAUCCUGACAAGCCAUAUAUAUGUACCCUUUCUAUAAAUGAACAAGGCGACUAUGAAGUGACUUCCUGUACUCCUCCUCUGGACUGUAUUGCAGAAUUACAGCUCAAACUGAGAGAAACUAACAAUUUUUCUGCAUUUGUUGCCAACAUCAGAAAAGCUUUCACUGCUUUAUCGUAUAAACAGUCUGCAUGAAGCUAGUUUGUACCUCUGCACUCUUAUUUCCUUCCUGUUGGUGAAAUGGUGUAUUUAUCCAUGUCUGCCUCUUAAUUUCUAAAUAAAGAUAAUGAAAGUAG